AUGCCGCGGGACGUUAACUUUCGACAGGUUCAUGAGAAGCUGGUUACUGAAGCGUCAGAAACUGUCAUCAUUGAAGUGGUUGUCUCCGGAGGCUCCAGAAUUCUCCGAAUGUCGCUGCUGAAGGAUGCACCGUUUGGUGGUGAUGCAGUGAUUAGACCGAGUGCACGACAACGUGCUGCUACUGUGGCGGGAGUAGUGACUGACGCGGUUACUCGUAUUGCAGGGAAUGUGAUGGAGACGGCAGCUACGGGUAAGUGGAUGCUGUUGAAAAAUUGCUUCCUGCUAUGA